AUGAGUGGAGUAUCUAGUCAUAAGAGUAGUGCAGCCUCCAGUGGAUUAUCUCAUACAACACUUGAUGAUCCCAAUCAUGAUUUCUUUUUUGAUGUUGGAUAUAUAAAUAAAAAGAAUGUCUCAUGUGAUAAAGUUGCACUGGCUGGAAUUGCACGUCGUGGUGCAGUUGUCGAUGUUGGAACAAUAAUGAACAUUAGUAGUGAACGUUUAUAUCAUAACGCCAAUUUCUAUUUAAUUUUAUUUACCCUACUUCUUGCUGAAUGGUUACGACGAACAAAUUAG